GAUCAGAACGGAACCUUUCGAGGUCUACUUGAUACCUUUUCAAAUCCCAACGCAAAACUUCCAGGAUGAAGUACGCCGCUGUUCUGACAACCGUUGCCGCCCUCGCCUCCCAGGCCUUGGCCGUUGGUGUCUCUGGCACCGCGCAGGGCUUCGCAUCUAGCACUACCGGUGUGGAAUUGCCACUGCUGUCUACCCCUUUACCACCGAUGAGCUGGUCUCCUACCUUGGUGACGAUGAGACCCGUGUGAUCGCUCUGAGCAAGACCUUCGACUUCACUAACGCUGAAGGUACUACCACGGCCACGGGUUGCGCUCCUUGGGG